UCCAAGAUGGCGGCCGCUGCAAGGGCAGUAACGGCGGCGGCGGCGGCGUGAGGGGCGCUUUCUUCCGCUCGGGCCAUGGCCGCGCUCCGGGCCUUGCCGGGCGCCGGGCGGCAGUGAGGCGAGGAUGUGCGAGAGCUACUCGCGGUGGCUGCUGCGCGUGUCGGUGGCGCAGGUGUGCCAGGCGCUGGGCUGGGACUCGGUGCAGCUUUCCGCCUGCGACCUCCUCACCGACGUGCUGCAGCGGUACCUCCACUCGCUGGGCCGCGGCUGCCGGCGCUACUGCGAGCUCUAUGGCCGGACAGACCCAAUUUUGGAGGAUGUGGGUGAAGCCUUUAAGCUUAUGGGGGUCAACCUGCACGAACUGGAAGAUUACGUACUCAAUAUUGAGCCUGUGACUUUUGCACAUCAGAUCCCCUCCUUCCCUGUGAGUAAGAAUAAUGUGCUGCAGUUUCCUCAGCCUGGAAGCAAAGAUGCAGAAGAGAGGAAGGAGUAUAUUCCUGAUUACAUGCCACCUCUGGUCUCUUCUCAAGAAGAGGAAGAAGAGGAGCAGGUGCCAACCGAUGGAGGAACUUCAGCAGAAGCCAUGCAAGUUCCUUUAGAGGAAGAGGGAGAGAUGGAAGAAGAUGAGGCUGUUAAUGAUGAAAAUUACUUAAGCAAGAGGCCACUUGAAAGCCCGGAAUCUGAGGAAGUACCUGCAACUAAGCGGCCCAAGCUAGCAAGCACAAAAGGAGAUGCCCUUGAUGUAACAGUGGAACCACGUGAGCCUCUUAGUUUAAUAAACACCCAGAAGGUGCCUCCAAUGCUUUCCCCAGUUUGUGUUCAAGACAGUGGUGAUUUGGUGCCUCCUUCUCCAGAGCCACCCAUACUGGCUCCAAUUGCAAAAUCACAGGUGCCAAUCCCCAAACCGCUAGAAUCAAAAGCACUUGUUCCUAAAACAAAAGUGAAAACAGUGUCUCCCGUGCAGAAAACUAAAAUGCCAAAGGCUUCUCCAUCUCCAGCAGUUAUUGGAAGCCCCAUUCGCUCACCAAAAAUUGGAACCAAAGAGAAAAAGUCUCCUGGCCGGGCCAAGAGUCCAAGAAGCCCGAAAAGUCCAAAAGUUCCAGUUCAUGUUGUUCCUCAAGUAGCAAUUAAGCAGGAGACACCAGUUAGAACUCCAUUAGUGGUGUUAAGUGAAAAGAUGGGGAAAGAGAACAUCCAGGUAAGGCUAGGACCAACACCAGGUGAGCCUGCCAAACCCAACAGUGAGAAUCCAGCAAAGAAAUUAGCAGUGAUUGACAAGACAAUUGAUGAUUCCAUUGAUGCCGUAAUUGCUCGUGCAUGUGCAGAACGGGAUCCUGAUCCAUUUGAGUUUUCCUCAGGGUCAGAAUCAGAAGGAGACGUUUUUACCAGUCCAAAAAGACUUUCUGUGUCUGAGACUUCCAUACCUAAAGCUUCUAUUUCAGCGAAUAGCAGCUUAAAUAAAGCAGGAGGCACCCCAGUUCCUUCAGGUUCAGACAUUUCAUGGACAAUGGAUGACUCAAUAGAUGAGGUCAUUCGGAAAGCAAACAUGGGUGCUCAUGCUAAUUUACCUCCAAACUUUCCAUAUUUCUCGUCUCCAUCUGCUUCUCCGCCAACGCCUGAACCUUUGCUCAAAAUACAUGAGGAGAAAACUAAGUUAGCUUCAUCAGUGGAAGUGAAAAAGAAGCUGAAAAAGGAGCUGAAAACAAAAAUGAAAAAGAAAGAGAAGCAGAAAGAUAAGGAGAAGAACAAAGACAAGAACAAAGACAAGGAGAAAAAUAAGGAGAAGGAUAAAGACAAGGAAGGGGGCAAAGAAGCCAAAUUUCCAUGGAAGGACCUGGUCAGAGAAGAGGAGCUGGAUCCUUUCAAGUUCAAAAUGAAGGACUUUGAUGACGAUCCAAAAGUGAAGGUAAAAGACACCAAUGCAAAAAAAGAACGCGAGAAACAUAAAGAUAAGAAGAAGGAGAAAGAGAAAGGCAAAAAGGACAGAGAGAAGAAAGACAAAGAUAAAAUAAAAGAUAAAACUAAGGACAAGGCGAAAGCUUCAUCGGCCCCCCUUGCCCUCCCCCCCAAAGACCUGCCCUUGUCCUUGUUCUGCACCCCAGCCACCAUGAAGCUCCCCUCGCUGCUGCAGCCCCCCUCAGCAGUGCUUCCUGAGAAGCUCUUUGAGGAGAAGGAAAAGCCCAAAGAAAAGAAAAAAGACAAAAAGGAGAAGAAGAAAAAGAAAGAGCGAGAGAAGGACAAAGAGAAAGAGAAAAGGGAGAAGGAGAAAGAGAAGGAGAAGGAGAAGAAGGAACGGGAGAAGAAGGAGAAAGAGAAAGAGAAGCACAAGCAUGAAAAACAGAUCAAAGUUGAACCUGUUAUCCCAGCACCAUCUCCUGUGAUUCCCAGGCUGACGCUCAGAGUGGGCGGUCAGGACAAGAUUGUCAUCAGCAAAGUGGUGUCCACGACGGAGGCUAAACCAUCCUCUCUCUCAGCUCGGCCGAAAACGCCGCCGCCGCCGCCCUCCCCAGCACCAGCUCCUGUUCAUGUCGCCCCCCCACCCCCCCCUCCUUCAGCAGUUCCUCCUCUGCCUCCUGCCACCAUUUCUCCAGCCCUGAUUCCACCGUCGUCCCCUGCAGCAUCUGCCAUGGGAAGCUCUAAAGUCCCCGUUCGAAGCGUCGUGACAGAGACUGUCAGCAAUUACGUGAUCCGAGAUGAGUGGGGGAACAAGAUAUGGAUCUGUCCUGGUUGUGAAAAACCAGACGACGGCAGCCCAAUGAUUGGGUGUGAUGACUGUGACGAUUGGUAUCAUUGGCCGUGUGUCGGCAUCACCACCGCUCCCCCAGAAGAAAUGCAGUGGUUCUGCUCCCGGUGCGCAAGCAAAAAGAAAGACAAAAAACACAAAAAGUGGAAACACAAAGCACACUGAGAUUGUGGAGAAUUGUCAGGCGGGGCCCUCGAUGCCCCCGUCUUGAGUCCUUUUUCAGAAGGAUUUGGCCCAACUUCUGCGGCCUUGACCGUUGCCAUCGCGUUGCUGAGAAUUACCAUUCUUGGGGGGAUGAGGAACAUGCACAUCCUCACCCACGGUUCUCUCCCUCCAGUCCUCUCUCUCUCUCCCUCUCCUUCUUCACCAAGUGGGAUAGGCAUGAACUGAGAAUUCGCCGCCGCCGUGGGCUCACCAGCAGAAGAGCCGUGAACUGAGCAGCAGGAGGGACCUUUGUAAACAUUGCUGCCUUCUCCCAGUUGCUUUUGCCUAGUCUGAGGAACAGGAGAGACUGAUUAUGAUCCUUCUGAAGCCCCUGGCGUGAUUUCCAUAGCUCCUGGCCUCUUCUUGCCUAGCCAGAUAAUCAUAAGUGACCUGGAAUGGAGCAAAUGGCUGGUAAAUAUUUUUCUGAUAGGAAUAUGUGAAACUUUCUCUCUCCUUGUUUUUCCUUCUCCCCAUUUUUUUACAACUGAACAUAAAUAAAUUUGCCUUAGCUUUUUGUGAAAUAA